AUGAAGAAACAGAGGCGCGUGUCCGUUCACAUAAACCUUCUCAUGAGCCUCGAAGAAGUUUACGAGGCCACAAAAACAAUCACAUCUGCACGCACUCUUCUCUACCUAGGACCCCAUCACCACCACCCCUUGCCUUACUGUUUAACUUUUGAUCUUCUCAGAGUGUUGGAUGCCUUCACAGUCUACUUUGUUGAGUUUCCUGAUGAAUUUCUUCAACUUGUUCAUUUGACAUACUUUUCCCUUACCUACAAUGACGAACUUCCCCCAGAGAUAUCCUUACUCAAGAAACUCCAAGUCCUCAUGGUUGGUCGAAAACCCAAGCUCAUAUUCAUUGGUGUAUCUUUCUUGCCAGAUGAAAUAUGGGAGAUGCCUGAGUUGAGGCAUCUCUGGUUUACAGAAACUGAUUUUCCUGCUCUUCCAUCAAACCUUCCUCAAAACAAAGCUUUGCUUCUAAACCUUCAAACUCUUUCAUACAUCAAUGCUGCUUCUUGCACCAGGGAUGUUCUUAGAAGCAUGCCUAGUUUGAAAAAACUAAGUAUGUGGGCCAAAGCACCGGAUGUUAUAGGCCUUUAUCUAGACGAACUCCAGCAGCUCGAAGCAUUCAAGUUCACUGUCUUGCAUCCCAUCCCUAACAAACAAGUUGAAUUUGAGCCUGAAAUUUCAUUCCCUCAAACAUUGAGGAAGCUGAGUUUAAGUGGUUGUGGGCUUCCUUGGGAUGCAAUGGAAGUUGUUGCUGCACUGCCGAAUCUUGAAGUCUUGAAACUGCGAGAGCUUGCUUUCAAUGGCGAAGAAUGGUGCCUGGAAAACCACUGUGUGUUUGAGAAGCUCAAGUUCUUGCUGAUUGAAUACCUCAAUUUCAAGAGGUGGAUUGCUGAUGAGUCCCACUUUCCGUGUCUCGAGCGACUGUAUCUAAGGCAUUGCUAUGAGUUGGAGGAGAUCCCUUCGGCUAUUGGGUUCAUAGGACCCCUUGAGCUGAUCGAACUGGUUGACUGCAGUUAUCAAGCCGUGGGAUCGGCUGAGGUAAUCAAGCAAGAACAGGAGGACUAUGAGAAACUGGGCUUUCAAGUUCGUAUAUAUUGUUCUUAUAUGUAG